UCUCUCUCUCUCUCUCUCACCCUCUUUCUCUCUCUCUCUCUCUCUCUCUCUCUCUCUCGGGCUCGGGCACGCGCUCUCUCUCUCUCUCUCUCUCUGUUCUACUCUGGCUACUGCAGUAGUCCACCAGCCAGCCGCAAGUCUGACAGCCACACACACAUGGCUAACUGCCACAACUUACUACCUCAGUCCUGAAGCGAAACUAACAAAUAAGAAAGCGGAGGAGCACUGCAGGAGACCGCACUGGGGACAAACAGCGAGCGGAGAGAAGAAUCAUCAAUACCUUUCUCUGUUUAUGGAUACUGAUACGGAGCCCACUUAUUUACACAUCCUCUCAACGUCAUCCUCUCUCUUUUCGCUCAUUGCAGAAGAGGACAAGAGCGCUCUCUCUCUCUUCCGACAGCCUUUUGCAAAGCUCCAACAGCGCAGCGCAUCCUCUUCUCCACCCCCCACCCAGCGCCACCAUCUCUCCCACCACCCCCAACCCCCCGCCCCCCGGGAGGAAUAGAAGGAUUACUGCUAACUGUGCACACGGCAGCCUGCAGCUGCUCUGACCAGGGCCAGCCCAACGUUGGGAGGAAGCAAGAGGAACACAGGAGGAGGAGAGGAGAGGGGGAUGACUGUGCCGGGAGUUCUUUAGCCUUUUUCUGUCUCUCAGUCCCUGUCACAACGGGGCUAAUCAGCGACCGACUAGCCCUUGGCAAAGUCACAGUGAGGGAGGUCUCUCCGCCGAACAGGCAACCAGUCGACGAGCCAACACAUGUAUCAGGAGUCAACAGAAGUGAGGAUUUUCUUUUUUCUUUUUCUUUUUUUCAGUUGGUCACUUCUUCUUUCCUCCUCUGUCACGUUUUUCUGCCUUAUGGAUCCUUGUGAUUCAUCCACAGUGGAGCUGCAUCUUGGAGUCCGCAGCAUGGCAGGGGGGCAGUUAGUGGGGGCAGAAGGGACCCAGGCACCUACUAAGCCUUCCUGGCCUUACCUCUGCCUAAAGGAAAAACAAGAAAACAUCUAAGUCAUGUCUUUCCAUGGAGAGGAAUUAUGAAUGAACAGGAUGCAGGGUUACUGCGUUUAACAUUUGGAAAGAGGCAAAAAGGACCACCUUCAAACUAAUGAGCAUUUCCCUGCACUGUCAAUGGAACUUGAGAGCCUUGAGUUGCUCCAGCCAGGCUAGUGUGGUCUGUCCUCUGGUGUGUGCCGUCUCCCCCCACCAUGCAAAAUAAUGAGCCCUCCACACCAUGAGUCCUCUGGGCCAGGUUAGUGUGCAGCCUACCUGGAACGCAGCCCUGCUCGCCGUACUCUCCCUCAUGGUGCCUGCUCUUAGUAUGUGCCAGUCCACGGGCCCUGUGUUGGGCUCUGCUAACCCACAGAACUGUCCAGGUGUGUGCUCCUGCACUAACCAGCUCAGCAAGGUGGUGUGUACCCGCAGAGGCCUGGUUAGGGUUCCCCCGAACAUCCCAGCCAACACAAGGUACCUGAACCUGAUGGAAAACAGCAUAGAGACCAUACAAGCAGAUACUUUCAGACACCUGCAUCACCUGGAGGUACUGCAGUUGGGUAGAAAUGCUAUCAGGCAAAUUGAAGUGGGGGCCUUCAAUGGCCUGACCAGCCUCAAUACUUUGGAGCUGUUUGACAACAGACUGACGGUCAUACCCAGUGGAGCUUUUGAGUACCUGUCAAAGUUGAGAGAGCUGUGGCUUAGGAACAAUCCAAUUGAGAGCAUCCCCUCGUAUGCCUUCAACCGUGUCCCCUCACUCAUGAGACUGGACCUGGGAGAGCUGCGGAAGUUGGAGUACAUUUCUGAUGGAGCGUUUGAGGGCCUUCAAAACCUCAAGUACCUCAACUUGGGGAUGUGCAACCUGAGGGAGUUCCCCCAUCUUUCACCUCUGGUGGGAUUGGAGGAGCUAGAAAUAUCAGAGAAUGUUUUCCCUGAACUGAAGCCUGGGGCUUUCCAUGGGCUCAAGAAUUUACGUAAACUUUGGAUUAUGAAUGCUGCCAUUACUACCAUUGAGAGGAAUGCAUUUGAUGACAUCACAGCCUUGGUGGAGCUCAAUUUAGCCCAUAAUAACCUGUCGUCCCUCCCCCAUAACCUCUUCACCCCUCUGCAGUACUUGGUGGAGCUACACCUGCACCACAAUCCUUGGCGAUGUGACUGUGAUGUAGUGUGGCUCUCCUGGUGGCUCAGAGAAUACAUUCCCACCAAUUCCACCUGCUGCGGGCGCUGCCACACCCCUGCCCACAUGAAAGGCCGCUAUCUGGUGGAAGUUGAUCAGACCACUUUUCAGUGUUCAGCACCAUUCAUACUCGAUGCUCCAAGAGAUCUGAACAUCUCAGCAGCGAGGGUGGCAGAACUUAAGUGUCGCACCGCUGCAAUGAGCUCAGUCCGAUGGCUUCUCCCCAAUGGGACUGUCUUGACCCAUGGCUCGGCUCACCCACGGAUAUCCGUUCUUAAUGAUGGGACACUCAAUUUUUCCAACGUUCUCCCAUCAGACACAGGAGUCUACACCUGCAUGGUGAGCAACAUGGCAGGAAAUUCGAAUGCCUCAGCCUACCUGAAUGUCAGCAAUGCCGAACUCAACACAUCUAAUCUGUCCUACUUUACUACUGUAACAGUGGAAUUUCUGGAGCCGACAGUGGAGGAAACCCCUAAACCCAAGCCUACAGUCCCUGCCUCUCCCUCUGUCUUUCAGCCCGUCUUCAUCUCCACACCUACCGUACUGUUCCAAAAUACUCAGACUCCAAGGCAGGUGUCAAUUCCCACUGCCAGAAUCCCCAGUGGGCCAGCCGCCAGCCUGGAUGAGGUGAUGAAAACCACCAAAAUCAUCAUUGGCUGUUUUGUUGCUGUUACCUUGCUGGCAGCUGCCAUGUUGAUAGCAUUCUAUAAGUUGCGUAAGCGGCAUCAACAGAGAAGCACGGUGGCAGCAGCCAGGACCAUAGAAAUCAUACAGAUGGAGGAAGAGGUUCAUCCUGUUCCACCACCCACCUCUGGAUCUAGUGGCUCGGAUGACACAGGGUUGGUACUGCCUACAUUAGUGGAACACAACAGCAACACCUUUAAGCCUGGGUUCGUGUCCUCCUCCUCCUCAUCCCGCCAAGGAGGCUAUGGAGCCCAUUGGACUCAGAACAACUCUCUUCAUCGCUCAGUCAGACAGCAUCACAGCCACAUCAGCACCAUUACUGAUCCUUACGUCAUUAAGACUUCUCACGGCAAGGAGAAGGUUCAAGAGACCCAAAUCUGAGUUAUGCUCUCUAUGGAUCUAUCUCUGACUCUGCCCCAACCUCUCCUCUCCAACUGUCUGCUCAUCAGUCCAUGCAAUAGAAUGCACAAAGAACAAAACGGUAACUUUCUUUUGUACAGAAGUGCAAAACAGAGACAGUUUUUUUGUUUGUUGUACAUGCCUAUACAUAAGUAUAUAAAUAUGAAAAAAUA